UUUGGCCAUAGAUAACUAAUAUAAUGAUUAUCCUGUCCUAAAUUGGAGUUUGUUGUGCCUAUCUAAUAUUUUUAUAUCAAUCAACUAAUGCAGUUCUUAAUUAAAUAAAUAUUCCUUUGUCAAAAUUAACAAUUUUCUCAUUAACCUUGAUUUUGAUUAUUCCUUUGUCCUUAGUAAGAAGGAUGAAGUACUUUCAUUAUGUAAGCAAACUAGGUUUUUAUGUUAAUUUACUUACAUUCAUUGUAGUUUUUUUUGAUUGCUUAAAUUUAAUAUAUAUCGAAGGUAUUACAUUUGGACCUAGUAUUAAUUUAUAAAGUAAUAUCUGAAUAUAAUUAGAUACAUUUUAAUUUAUUGGAAUAGCCUGUUUAACAUUAUAAUGUAAUUUGACUAUUCUACCAAUCAGAAAUGACAUGAACAAUAAAAAACCUUUUUAAAGAUAUUAAGAAAUCUCACUUUAUUUAUGUUUUUUUAUUGCAAUUUUUAUUACAACUUUUGCAAUUUGGGGUUACAAAGAUAAUUUAAAUUAAAUAAUAAUUUUUAAUAUUCAAAAUCUUUAUCUAAGAUCAAUUACAAUGAUUGCUUAUGGAAUUUGUAUAUUAAUGACAUAUGCACUUUAACUAUUUCCAGCUGUAUAAAUCAUUGAAGAACAUUUUUCAUAACUAACUUACAAACAGUUUGAUCAAUCUGAAGAUGAAAAUGAAAGUGUAUUUGUUUUAGAUAAAAUUUCAUUAAUUAUCAGAGGGCUGUUAAUGAUAAUGAUUUAUUUCAUAUCAUACAAAAUACCUGAUUUAUCAUAAUUUAUUAAUUUAAUUGGAAGUUUCUUUGGUUCAUUUUGUUAAGUAUUAUAGAUAUUUAUUUAAAUAGUUUUUGAUACCAUUAUUAGCACAUUGGAUUUGCUUUAAAAAUUAAGAAACCAGUCUUAGAUUAAAAUUAGAAUAUUUUUUUAUGUCAAUUUUUACAGCCUUAGCAAUAGUAUUUGGAUCAUAUGAAUCUAUUAAAGGUUUAAUGUGA